GCCGCGGGGCAUGACCACGGAUCACGUGAUCGCCUGAGGCCCGGCGCCGGCGGCUGGGGCUGCCGGCGGGCCGGCUGAGAGUCUGGCGGGAACCGGGACGGCGCGCGGAGCGGGGAGUUCCGCGCUGAGUUGUGAUUGCGACCUCGUCGGCACCGGGUGGUGACGGAGUUGUUACCGACAAUAUAUUCAGAGUUUGUGCACUUUGUCGUUUUGGCCAGACCAGCACAUGGCGCGGUCGGUGGUCAUUAACGUAAACCUGCAGUAAAAUAACGUAACGCUGAAAAUGCCUGACGAGCGUCAAGAACUGGAGGUGGCACAGGAGGCGGCGGUGGCUGGAGCCGUUCAGCCUGCGACGACAGCGGCGGCCGGGACGCAACAGAACAACACAUCGUGGCUGGGAAGAGCCGCGCAGCCGGACCGUCUGGAUCUGUCGACGGAUCGGGGCGACGCGUUCCGCUCCUGGAAGGAGAGAUGGGACGACUUUUACCUCCUCGCCGGCAUCGCCAGCAUGCAGCCGAACGCUCAGAUGGCCGCCCUCCGAUCGUGUCUGACGGACGACACGAACCGCGUCGUUCGGAACUUGCCCCUGACUCCAGAGGAACGACAGGACGUCAACGCUGUGCUGGCACAGCUAGAGACGUACGCCAUUGGCCAGGUGAAUGAGGUCCUUGAGCGAAAGCGGUUCAACAGCAGAGUUCAGGGUGAGGGGGAGACCUUUGAUGAUUUUCUUACAUGUCUCCGUGACUUGUCUCGAUCUUGUAAAUUUUGCUCGUCGUGCAAUGAAUCACUGAUACGGGAUCGUAUUGUUAUUGGUCUGAGGUCGGCAGAGACCGUCCAAAAGCUCUGUGCCAUCCCCAAACUCUCUCUGUCCGCCGCUAUAUCUCUCUGCAGGUCGGAGGAGGCAGCGUACCGAGACGCCUCGAGGAUCCGAGGGCCCGACGCCACCGUCGCUCGCGUGGACCGCGACGCGACCUUCGACCAGGGCCAGCCAAGAGGUCAUCACGAUCUCUCCCCACCGGCGGCGUGUCGCGUGUGCGGCCCGCAGCAGGUCCAUGACCGGCGGCCCGGUCCCGCAGCUCAGCCCUCGACGGGGCGACCGUCACAGCGGCAGUCUGCCCCGGCGACUCCUGGGGGCGACCGCUGCGCCAGCUGCGGGUACGUCCACCGGCGCGGUAACGACUGUCCCGCCCGGGGCCGGGAGUGCCGCGCAUGCGGGAGGGUCGGCCACUUUGCCAGCGUCUGCCGAUCGACGCAGGUGAGGCCGUUCCCGGGCUCACAAGUCCAGGGCGGGCCGCCGUGGCCCUCAACCUCUGCGAUCAUCGCGUCUACCGCUGCCGAGGGAGCCCCGAGGGUGUCCGUCCGGGUGGAGGCAGGGAACCGGAGAGUGACCGUGGACGCCCUCCCUGACACCGGGGCUGACCUGUCGGUGGGCGGCGAGGACCUCUUGGCACAGCUGGGGGCGUCCCGGGAGGAUCUCCGCCGACCAGUGCACCACCCGCGCGCGGCCAAUGGGAGCGUCAUCCCGUCGGUGGGGAUUCUGCCGGUCACCAUCGCACUGGGGGACAUCCAAGCAGAGGAGGAGGUACACAUUCUGCCGGGAGUCAGAGGACUUCUACUGUCCUGGGAGGUCACGAGGACCCUGAAGCUCAUCCCAGCAGACUACCCCCGGCAGAUCGCGGCGGUAGGGAAGCCGGAGUCCACCACUGCCGCCACCGCAGAGCGCCGCCUGAGCUCGGGUCCCGAUCCGACCGCUGGAGUCGGCCACUGCACGCCAACGGCCAACCCCAGCACGACGGCCGACCUGGCGGGCCCGCUGACGCCGCCUCCUGCUGGAGGGUUAGAGAACGCCCAGGACCCAACCAGCAUUCAGAGACCUGCCGGGAGCGACCACUCACCAGAGUCACGAAUCAACUGGACGAGGAACGGUGGACAAGAGGAAUUCUACAGCACCGCAACACCCCCGGGAGAGGAGGAAGGUCGCCAGCACAGAUCGUCUUCGGACAUCCAGUGAGAGACACGCAGCCUGCUCAUCGGCGGAGCUUCGCCCCCGAGUGGCAGAUCGCUGCCGAUGCGGCCGCUGGCCGCCUGUCGGAGCAACAGCAGCGCGCGGACGACCUCUAUAACCGGCAGGCUCGGGACCUGGAGCCACUGGCCGUCGGUAACCAGGUGUCUGUCCAGGACGACCGCACCGGGCGGUGGG